AUGUCGGCGGGAGGACGCCGACGAAAUUGGUUGCCUAGGCACGACGGAGGAACGACCGACGUCUCCAGUGUCGCGAUCGGCGCUGGACGGCGGAUGUACGGCUGGAGUCUCUUGCGUCGCAGUUGGCGUCUGGCGGUAGAGUCACGGCGGAGGGCUGUUCUCCUGUACUCUCUUCUUUGCAUCCGCAAGCUCAUAACGAAGCUUCUCGGCCUCGCCAGCCAUCGAGAGAGGAGUGGGAGGAGCGACUCGAAUGGGGUGGCGGCAAUCGGGUACCUCGCGAAGUGGAAUCGCCCGUGCUGGCGGCGGCGAAAAUACGACGCGGUGGAGAUUAGGUGA